AUGCCAAACAAAUACUCGGUGAUUCUCCCCACUUACAACGAGCGCAGAAACCUUCCCAUUCUCGUGUACUUGCUCCACAAGACGUUUGAGGCCAACAAACUAGACUGGGAAGUAGUUGUGGUUGAUGAUGCAUCUCCUGAUGGAACCCAAGAUGUGUGCAAAGAAUUGAUUAAAAUUUUUGGUGCUGAACAUAUACAAUUGAGAGCACGUGCGGGCAAGCUUGGGCUUGGAACAGCGUAUGUUCAUGGAUUACAAUUUGUAACUGGAAAUUUUGUGAUUAUAAUGGAUGCUGAUUUCUCGCACCAUCCGGAUGCCAUUCCUGAAUUUAUUGCCAAACAAAAAAGCGAAGACUACGAUAUUGUCACGGGAACGCGGUACGCUGGCAACGGUGGCGUUUACGGGUGGGACUUGAAGAGAAAGCUUGUGCUGAGAGGUGCCAAUUUCUUGGCUGCAACAACUUUACGUCCAGGUGUACUGGACUUGACUGGGUCGUUCCGGUUGUACAAAAAGAACGUGCUCACCAAGAUUAUUGAAGUGACAAAGUCCAAGGGAUAUGUGUUUCAGAUGGAGAUGAUGGUGAGAAGCCAGAGCGUUGGGAUUCACGGUGGGAGAAGUGCCUAUAAGUUUCGUGGACAGGUUGUAUGGAGAGUCCAAAUUAGGCGGCGAUGA